AUGGUCACUUUCGACCUGUCAACACCUUCACUUUCAUCCUGGACUGGACUGGUGCAGCUGGAUCGUUGGCGCUUCAUGAUCCCCGAGACACGUUUGCUCGCAGUCUUGUCCAACUUUCCUCCAACCCACACACCAUUGACAGACGUGUCUCGACACACCCGUCCACCCUCUAACGACGUCCACGACACUUACGACCAAUCCACGUUUACGACCUUUGCGCACCAGCGCCAGCAACCUACUGAUCACCGUCCUUCAUCCUCCCAUUCAGCCGACUACCGCCCCCCCUCGGCCAGCGAUUCCCACCGCACCUUACGCCGAGUUCGCCGCCAGCCGGAGGUCGCUCAAUUGCCUCAACGCAGAGCGUUCUCCCUCGAUCACUCCGCAAGACAGCCCGCAUACCCUCCGCCGGCGCAUUCUAUCCCAGCCUUUACACGACGAGCUCCAGAUAGUGGAACCGCUGCUCUACGACCAGCUCACUCCGAAGCCCAGACAGACGAGAACGGGUCGACUAUCGACGAUCCCUACCAGCUUCUAAACGCCUCGUAUUGGCCACGGAGAACCACCGGUGUCUCAUCGCGCACUGCCUCGGCAAUCCUCUUUGCUCUCGAGGACGCCAUUCGUCGCCCGAUUCCCUUCACACUCGAUUUAGCAGAAGUGAAUGCUUCUAUGUCAGAUAUGGUAGGCGUUGCUGGUCCCGCCGGCCCUAUUCAAAAUGGAGCAUCGCGUGCACCCCCGGCUCCUGCGCAAGCUCCGUCGCAACCACCUAGUGGUAUGCGCACGCCGACAGAUAUCAUGAGACAACGCCGAGAUCGUGAGGCACGCCGGAAAGCCGAGCAAGAAGCCCGCGAGAGGGAACAAGAGGAGGUGGAGAGACAACAAUAUGAGAAAGAGCAGGCUGCUGCUCAAGCUCAGGCACAAGCCCAGGCUCAAGCUCAAGCUCAACAGUUUGCUGGCGCUGGAAACGAUCCAGCUUCCCAGCGUCGAUCGCGAGUCCCUCGUCCUUCCAGAGGACCGGAACCCCAAUUUGACGCUGCUCCCGCUCCCGGUACUGUCCCGGGGCCCGCACCGAAUUUCCGUGGCACUGCACCGCCUGCUCAAGGUGGUCGAGUAGACUAUACAAACAACCCAACUCCUACAAGCCAGCAGCAGUAUGGUCCGUCUAUACCACCACCUCGUGCACAAAGCGCAACCGCGGCUGGCACGGGAGAUCCUUCUGGAACGAGUGGGUUCUCCAAGCCUGCCCCAGCUCCAACUACUCAGCCCGGGGCACCACAAUCCCUUCAACAACCUCAGCGUGUCUCAUUCCCUCACGCCUUUGAGCGAUGGGAGACCUUAUCCUCACACUGGGAGGGAUUGACCAGCUAUUGGGUCCGCAAAAUGGAAGAAAGCAAGGGCGAAGUAGAAUCAGACCCCAUAAGCAAGCAGCUCGCUCGCCAAAUAACGGAUCUGUCAGCUGCCGGCGCCAACCUGUUCCACGCAGUGGUAGAACUACAGCGCUUGCGCGCCUCUUCCGAACGCAAGUUCCAGCGAUGGUUCUUCGACACCCGCUCCGAACAGGAACGCGCAAAGGAAGUCCAAGCAGACCUGGAACGACAGCUCAAGGCCGAACGCCAGGGCCAUGCCGACGCCUUCGCCACUGCCCAAACACACGAGCAAGAAAAACUCCAGGCAGAAGAGCUGCUCCGCGAGAUGCGCCGCGAGCUCCAGAUCUCAAAGGAAGAGGCCCGUCGCGCAUGGGAGGAACUCGGCCGCCGCGAGCAAGAGGAGCGAGAACGAACAAACUCCCUCCGAAACGGCGAACCCACGCUCGUCGGCGGCGUCCAGGUCGUCCCAAUGGUCCACCAAGCCGUGUCCAGCCGGCGCCCGCAAACCCGCGAAGGACCCUACCCCGGCGGCCCAACAGCCACAGCCUUGGGCGGCGCUGGCUCCGAGUACCCCGCCAAACCCAACGAACCAACCUCAUACUACGACGACAGCGUCCCGAUGUCGCCAACAGGCUCUGACCCCUUCGUCGAGCCCAAGAAAUCCCAGCACCCCGCCCAAUCCGCAGGCCAGGCGCCCUACGCUGGCGAGUUGUUCUCCCACGACAACACUGCCGCUUACCCGGGCCCGACAACCUCGGAGCCAGAUGACCGCUCCUACGUCAGCAGCGAAGCCGGCGCCGAAGAGUACGGCUACCAGCAGGACCCGCAGGGUCGUUCGUACGACCACCAUCCUGCGCCCCUUUCCGAGGCGAGCGAUGAGUACGAUGACCAAUCUCCGGCCGGCGAGCGCCACCAGUACGUCUCUGAUGGUGCUUAUACCUCCGGGGCUAGCGCUGGCUCGGUGCCGGCCCCUUACCCGCCGAAUUCAACGGGUGCAGACUAUAGCGGCUCGGGAUGGGGCGUUGGGUCCGGGUGGGAGGCUGUUACGCCGAGACAUCGCCACCCGACACGCUUGAGCGAUGUUCUUGAGGAGGAUGAGCCGAGUCGGACGAGUCCAAGCCGGGCGAGCCAGGCUCCUAGCCGGGCCAGUCAGGCAAGCCGGAGUAUGCAUGGGUUUUAG